AGCAGAGAAGGCAGGGAGGCUCACGGAGGAAGAGGAGGCCUGACCUGGACCUGCUGGACUGACUCCGUGGACAUGAGUGUUUGCUGGACGCCGUCGCCCGGUCUGCUGGCAGCUGUCUGAGCGUCAGUAUGAAUGUUUCCUCGCUGCUGCUGCUGCUGGUGUUCGGGCUGUGUGAUCGACCGGCGGGAGCAAAGAAACAGGACGCCGUGAUGUCACCUGAGCAGCACGCCGCUCGCCUCCGAGACCUCUGGAAGCUGCACAUGAGGGACUCCCCGCUGAAAGGAACAGGUUCCAGUCCUCAGCCAAUCAGAGGGGGCGUCAAACAGCAGCUGCUCUACUGUCGCGUUGGGAUUGGCUACCAUCUCCAGAUUCUGCCCAGCGGCUCCGUGGGAGGUGUCCACAAACCCACUGAGGACUGCUGGCUGAAGGUGUUCGCCAUGAAACACGGAGUCGUGGGAAUCAGAGGAGUGAAGAGCGGCUUGUACCUGUGCCUGAGCGCAGAGGGCCUGGCGUACGCAGCGGAGCAGUUUUCUGACGACUGCCUGCUGAAGGAGAACCUGGAGGAGAACCACUACACCACCUACUCCUCCCUGUCUCACCCAGGCAUCUAUCUGGCUCUUUCACACAAGGGGGAGCUGAGGAAGGGCAACACCGUGGGCCGCCACCAGUCCUGCACCCACUUCCUACCUCGGAGGACUGCCUGAUCAGGGACCAGCUUUUCUAGAACUGUGAAACUGGCCUCCGCACAGCAACCAGACCGAAGACGAGCGCCUCGUCCAAGAGACGCAGUCGGAGGGAUUCUGUGGAGCACAGAACAGAACAGAACAGAACAGUGAACUGAGCGCCGAGGCUACGUCACACUCCACUGUGCUUUACAGACCUGAAGUAGGCGGCCGCUUGUGGUGCGAUGCAGCCACGUUUAAAGGGAGUUAAAACACGUGGAACAGACGCAGUAAUGAUGUGUUCACUGGGCAGCAGCUGCCCAAACUUGCAUGUUAAAUAACUGAAAUCAUUCAAACGAGCUGCCUGACCAAUCAGCUGACAGACAGACAGUCAGCUGAUGUGUCACUCAGGACUUGGUGGAGACCAAAGCAGAGCUAAAGUAAGAGUGAUUGUCGGACUUCAGCGAUUCCAAAUGAAUGCUAAUGAUGCUACAUGUGUAA